GGUAAAGUUGGACGACAACGACAGAUAGUACACUCGAAAAGGUGGGGCAUGUAAAGUCCGUAGUAAUACCAGACUCGACCCCAACUUUUGCCAAUUCCAACAUCGUCCCCCAUUCGAAAAAGCGGUCCGUCAUCACACCGUCUCGUAGUUUUAUGGCUUCGAGCCUAUCGUAUCCUAAAAAAAUCACAGUUACAAACCACUAGGAACUCAUGAUUGGUUCAUUUUGGAACUUGUGUAGAGCUACGUGCCCCGCGAUGCCAGUCGAUAAGCAGUUACACUCCGAAUACCGGAGUACUUACCGAUGGCAUGAAUAUACGGGGCCACGUCAAGACGUAGUUAGAAGACCUCCAAUGACAAAUGGAGCGCCAUCAGUUGGUAUACCAAAUGAUAUCAACGCCAAACCCUCUAAUGAUGAUGAUUUUCACACAGAAACAGUGCCCAAACAAGAACCAGCGAUGCCUCGACGAAAAAAAUAUCCCGAAUUGGCCUAUCGCCACCACGAGUUCCUCGUAAGCGACAAAUCAACGGAAAAUGGCAGCGUGGAUAGGGCUAGGUCGGAAGAACGAUUUGGGCCGAAUUGGAGGCCUUCCAGGCGCAGCAAGUCGGAGGGCCCGCGGCGGGCUAUCGAACCCGAGUCCGAUCCUGGGGAGCGCAGGCGCGAGUCCGACCCUGACGUGGAGAACAUGGGACGCGAAAACGGCCUGCUUCGCAAAGCCAUUUCCAAAAUUAGCACCGAAUAUCGGAGACAGUUUGCGUGGCCCCCGGGGCACGCCUCUCGCAAAGAUGAGGUAGAUGGGGCACCCAGGAAGUCCCAGUCUAUGGGAGCCCUCAAAGCCAACGCCAACGCUAUGAUACAUAAGAAGCGUAUUGAUACAGACAAUAGGGAUGCUAGUGAGUUGGAACCGUUAGUAGACAUUCGAACGAACCAAGAACGAUCUAAAGAAGAAUUUAACAGUGAGUAUAAAAAAAAGUUUAGGCCAUUUAGUCAAUACCAAUAUAUAAAUGGACGCUUUUCAUCCAAACGAAACGCAGUUGCCGAAAUUGAAAAUGUACAUAAAGAUUUUUCUGCAGACUUGGAUAACGACUCUUCAUGGUACCGCGAAGUUGUCGAGCUUCGCAAAAAAGCCGGCGAAUACAAGCAUAGAGGCUGGGGAUCGGAGCUAGCUCCGGAGCGACUAUCCGACAUUUACAAUAAACAAAUUGAGCUAUGGGAUCAAGUAUCUAGAAGAAGUUCCUUGUCAGCUCUGUCGCUAGCUUCCCACAUGACUAACAAAUCGUACACCAAGGAAGACAAAGACGAAGACAAUAAUCGAAAAAGCUCUCCUACCAAAGCUUACCGAAAUGCCGAAAACAAUGCAAGAAUGAUUAGAGAUAUAAUCCGCCAUCACCUAGAAAGAACUACUGGAGGUUCUGAUGGGCUCAUUUUGUCGCCUACUAGAGAAAAAUUAGAGCCCACCAUACCUAGGAAAGACGACGAUUCGAGAGGAUCUCAAAAAAAUAGCCCGAAAAAGAGUUCGCCUUUAAAAACUACUGCCAAACGUGGAAGCCAAAAAGGAAAACAGGCCCGUUCACAAUCGGUAGGACCUACUACGGAACAUUCUAAUAAGGAGAAGCAGUCUCCCAAGAGACAGUCUAGGUCUACAGUAAAAGAAGGAAGGAAGUCGACUUCCAAUACUUUCUCAAAUAAAAGACCUAGACCCUCAUCCUUGAAUACAUCCCGAUCUAAAUCAACUUCGGUAGUAACUAAAAACGAAGAUGACCGAUUGGCCAAAUCGAAUAAAAAUAAAUCAUUAAGUACAGUAGACUCAUCUAACCAAAACAGAAAAGGAAGUCACGAAGCUUCUGAGCAUCCGAAAUCUGAUUACGAAGAUGCCAAGAAAAAUCAUGAGAAUGAACAGCCAGAAAGUAUAGAAUACGAACCGGUGGUAAAGUCGCCUCCCGAGCCUACCAGGGUUAAAUCGCCGGAACAGAUAAUCAUGAGAUCACCUGAUCCUGUCAACUGGACAGUGCCUUUGGAUACCGGCAAAACUUUUACAGUUACUCAAAACGUUAGAGAUGGUGAUACAAGCAGUCGUCCUCAGAGUGAAGUGAAGGCUUGGACACCUCCUGACGUUCCUCCGCCAGUAGCCCAGUCAGCUCCCCCUACUUUAACUGAGGGACAGGCCAGCCUUUCGUAGGCCUUAGCGAAUCCCGACUUAUGCUUAACCCAUAUUCGAUUUGAUUAUGUUGCUUUAGGUAUGGAUCUAGUCGGAAAGCAUGAUCUCGGGUCAAGGCAGGGCCAUCAAUGCACAGUAUAAGACUUCAAUCACCAUACAAAAAGCCAUUACCAAUAUCACCACGACCGAACUCCGUAUGGGGAAAAAUUGAGGAGGCUAAGAAGUGAUGGAAAUGAGUAAUUACAUGGGUACUGUGCCAUUCUCAACAGGGUAGUAGCCAAAAACUUAAAACAGUUUAUGUGAGCGGGGUACAUUUAGAUAUUUAGCUGUCCUUAUUUAAGCCAUAUUUAAGCCUUUAUAUACAUAACAGCUUAGGUAUAUGUUUCAUGCUGUCCAUAUCUGUACCGAGUCCGUCAAAAAAUCACAGCAGGAAAUAUUUCCUUUCUCGAUAAGUUUAGCCAAAAGUAACAUAUGUAAUCCUACGUCCCAUUUUUUACAAAAAUUUUGAAACUUGUGAUCUCUUAUCAGUGCACUCGUGUUUCUGCCACAAGAGGUUAUACAAACAAACUAUGGUUAAAAUAAUAUUCAUAUAUAUUUUGUGUAGAUGCGUUUGCUUGCAUAUUUUCUUGUUAAUUUAGUGUACAUCGAACGCACUUAUUUAUUGAUAUAAAAACGGUAAAGAGUUAUAUAAAAUUUCUGUUAAA